UGCCUUACAUAAAAGGUGAUAGAGAACUGCAUGUCCACGCUGCUGUGAGCUGCUGCAGGAGCUCUGACCGCCACACGAGAAUCUCAUAACCUACACUACCAGUUAUCAAAAGCACAGGCAGGCUGUACGGAAAGAUGGCGGCUUCCUUGCUGAGGAUAGGACGACUGGGCUGUCUCAAGUGUUUUCAGGCUGAGAGCUGGAGUACUCUGAGUAGAGCACCUGCAGCUGUGGCCCUUAGCACAAAAUCCGGGGGUUCUAAGAAGUCGUCGAAAAAGAAUAACUCAGACAAAGACCAGGCUAAAACAUACUUCGAUAUAGAAAAACUUGUCCAGCACAAGACAUAUGAGUUCCCCAAGAAAGGAGUUUCUACAGCAGCAGCCUCUGCAGCAGCAGAAGCUGCAGCCAAAUCAGCUGCAGAGACCACACCCACUGCUGCUGCACCAGAGGCUGUGGCAGCCACCCCUGUGGUAGAAGCUGCCGCCCCAGCGGUUGAAGCACCUCCAGCUGUUGAAGCAGUCACGGAACCUACCCCGACAAUUGAAGCCACACCUGUGGUUGAAGAUGUUGCAGAUGCUGCACCUGUUGUUGAGGCCGCUGCUGAAGCCGUCGUAGAAGCUGCACCUGUUGUUGAGGCUGUUGCAGAAUCUGUCGUUGAGGCUGUUGCUGAAGUAGUUGCUGACGCUGCACCGGUGGUUGAAGCUGUGGCUGAAGUAGUUGCUGACGCUGCACCAGUGGUUGAAGCUGUGGCUGAAGUGGUUGCCGAAGCUGUACCAGUAGCUGAAGUUGUUGUUGAAGCUGCAGCUUCUAUAGCUGAAGCUACUGCUUCGGCAGCUGAAGCUCCUGUUGAAACUGCUGCAGCACCAGAGGCUGCAGCUGAAGCCCCUGCUAUUGAAGUGGUACCAGCCACUGAAGCUGCUCCAGCAGAACCCCUUGCCGAAGCAGCCCCUGAAGCCCCUGCUGCUGAAGUUCCCAUGGAGGCAGCCCCUGAUGCCCCUGCUCCUGAAGUUCCUGUGGAAGCAGCCCCUGCUGCAGAAGCUGCACCAGCUGUGGAAGCUGCCCCUGAAGUCACUCCUGCUGAAGCCCCUGUAGAAGUUGCUGCAGAGCCCUUGGCUGAAGCUGCUCCAGAGCCUGCAGCUGCGGAAGCUGCCCCUGUAGAAGCUGCUGCAGAGCCCUUGGUUGAGGAUGCCCCAGAGCCUGCAGCUGCUGAAGCUGCCCCUGUCGAAGCUGCUGAAGCUGCCCCUGCUGAAGCAGCAGCUGAAGUUUCUGCCCCUAUAGAGAGUACCGAGGAGCUGGUGGACCCUGCUCCAGUCGUAGCUGAAGCUGCAGGAGAGGUGCUGCAGGCGGACGCCCCAGCUGAGCCAGUUGAACCUUAUGAGGCUCAAAUGGACCCAAUUCAGAAGCUCUUCUUGGACUCCAUACGCGAGUACUCCACAAAAAGCAAGGCCUCUGGGGGGCUAGUUGAUGCAGGUUCAGAGUACGAAAAAGCUUUGGCCGAGGAGGUAGCAAAGCUUCAGAGACUCUAUGGUGGUGGAGAUCUCACAUCUUUCCCAGAGUUCAAAUUCACAGAGCCCAAGUUUGAUGAAGUUUCCCAGAAGUGAACAUCAGCACUUUGUAAUUGAACUUUUCUAACGUCGCCUUUUUCCUGUACAUCUUUGUGUUGACAGUCUGCUUAUUAUGUCAAAAGUUACAAACCAUUGCCUCUAGCUUUGUAUGUGAGAAUAAAGCUGUUUCAGUAGCUAGAUAUUUUCUGGGAGUGGAUGCUAAAGCAUUAGAUUUACACUUUGGCAGACAGUGAACUUGGAGCUGUGAAAUAAGCUUUUAUGUAGGUUGAUCCAUGGCUGAGCUGAAUGUGAAUAAAAGAUAUUCCAGGUCA